UUAGAUAUUAUAUAUACUGCGUCUCGUGCCUGUCGACACCAUGACACCCAGGACGGAUCCCUUCUCCUAACUAUGACAAAACCGGCGGCAAUUGCCACAUUAUUUUCCGGUUUCAGCUUGCUUUCGGCUUGCAAAUUCUCGCAGUCUGUCGACCGACAAUAUGGAAGUCAAGCUUUCCAUCACCGUCUUUUUGUGUGUUUCAUUGCAGUCGUCGGUCUUGGCCUUGGCCAGAGUAAACCAACGCGAGCACGUCACAUCCAUCGACAAACCACAUAUCGACGAGUCCGGCUGGGCCGAUGAACAAAUCCCAGCAGAGCACGAUCCAGAAGUUGCGCGGCUUCUGGACAUAUACAAUGCUCCUGAGGCGUGGGAUCACUUCUGAUGUCAUCUUGGAGGACGACGUAGAGCCCAGGGUGAAGGUGGAGCAAAGGUG